AUGGCCUUCCAACCCCUUACGGAAGAAGAGAGGCCAUGCGUCCUCUUCCGCGCCGAACACCGCAGCAACGCCAGUUUGUACGAUGGCUACAUCCUCCCACGGGCGCGGAGAGGCUCCGGUGGCGCGACGGUCAAUGACUUCCACAACCAUCUCGCCGGCGUCGGAACUGCUACUCCAUUUGUCUCCUUCGGAAGUUGGCUUCGCGCCAUGCACUGGCGCCAAAUCCUGCAGACACAGAACCGAGCGGACAUCAUGAUCAUCGCCAUCUGGGUCAAAGAUCUGCCUAAUCUAUACAGCGCGGAAGACGUUGCUCGGCAAUUGGGAUAUCCUGAAUCAGGGUCUGAGACAGAUCAGGGAGCGACAAUAUCCGCUCACCAUGACGAGUACCUCGUGGAAGGAGGCAUAGCGCCGGACGAGUACCGUAUCCUAGCCAUUUUCGACGGUGGCGGGCCAGACCGGACCGUCAUCUUUGAGAGCAGAUUCUACCAGAUCAUAACGACGAUACCUGACGAGUUCUUCCCCGGGAGAAGAUCGGGGAACGCCUUACAGGAUAUAGAGGAGGAGAUUUGGUCCCACUUGGGUGUGCGGAAUGAGGAGAAGCGGGAUGAACUUGUGAUGGCGAUCAGCAGGUCGCCGAGGGGUCCUUUGAUGGGCGAAAUCAUUUAUCAGUAG